AUGUGGUGUGAGCCUAUCUUAGGCAGGGACCACAAUCUUUAUACUUCUAAAAUCCUUGACAAGGACGUUUGGGGUGGCGCAAUCGAAAUUUUCUCCAUUGUUGUUCAAACCGGAAGGUUGAUAGGUUUGGGCAAAGCCAUAACUAUUCAAAAAAAAUCUUUCUGGUCUACUCAGGUAUACAUUACAAUGCAAUCACUUUAUCGCCGAUUCCACGGGAAGAACUAUCAAACCAAUUGA